AAACGUGCCAAUACCAAACAUUCCCCUUUAGGAAGCCGGCAUCUUAAUUCUUGCUGCGACAUGAGAGAGGGAGACACCGCUAUGUGGUCCAACGUUAACAACACGAUGUUAACACGGUGUUGUUACCUGUAGCCAGCUAUGGCACCUGGGGAUGUGGUGCCAGACCAUGCCAAGCAGCUGAAGCCCAAGGAGAAGCGUCCUGGAAACAGAGCAUCGAAAGCCGACUGUGAGCCUGAUGGGUCAUUUAUCUUUGAGGCUCACGAGGCUUGGAAGGACUUCCAUAACUCUCUCAGGCAUUUCUAUGAAGUAGGAGAGCUCUGUGACGUCACGCUGAAGGUUGGCAGUAGGUUGAUACCAUGCCACAAACUAGUGCUGGCUUGUGUGAUCCCCUACUUCAGGGCCAUGUUCCUGUCAGAGAUGUCUGAGGCUAAGCAGGAACUGAUAGAGAUCAAGGAUUUUGAUGGUGAUGCCAUCCAGGACCUGGUGCAUUUUGCCUACUCCUCCAAGCUCACAUUAACCGUGGACAAUGUCCAGCCUCUGCUUUAUGCUGCCUGCAUCCUCCAGGUGGAGUUGGUGGCGAGAGCCUGCUGCGAGUACAUGAAAGCCCACUUUCACCCCACAAACUGCCUGGCAGUUCGGACCUUUGCUGAGAGCCACAAUCGCGUGGACCUGAUGGACAUGGCAGACCGCUAUGCGUGUGAACACUUCACUGAAGUGGUGGAGUGUGAGGACUUUACGUGCGUGUCUCCCCAGCACUUGCGCACAUUAUUGUCCUCCAGCGAGCUCAAUAUCCACUCGGAGACACAGGUGUACAAUGCAGCAGUGAAAUGGCUGAAAGCGAAUCCACAGCACCACGAGGCCUGGCUGGACCAGAUCAUGUCUCAGGUGCGCCUCCCCCUGCUCCCUGUUGAGUUCCUGACUGGAACAGUGGCUAAGGACGAGAUGAUAAAAGGAAACUUGAGUUGUCGCGACCUGAUGGACGAAGCCAGGAAUUACCACCUGCAUCUGAGCAACAAGGUGGUGCUGGACUUUGAGUAUUCGGUCCGUACAAUACCCCGGAAACACACUGCAGGGGUUUUGUUUUGUGUGGGUGGCCGCGGGGGUUCAGGUGACCCGUUUCGCAGCAUCGAGUGCUACUCCAUCACUAAAAACAGCUGGUUUUUUGGUCCUGAAAUGAACAGCAGACGGCGUCACGUGGGUGUAAUAUCUGUGGGAGGGAAGGUUUAUGCUGUUGGCGGCCAUGAUGGAAACGAACACUUAGGCAACAUGGAGAUGUUUGACCCCCUCACCAACAAGUGGAUGAUGAAAGCCUCGAUGAACACCAAAAGGAGGGGUAUAGCCCUGGCAGCUCUGGGCGGUCCCAUCUAUGCUAUUGGGGGUCUCGAUGACAACUCUUGCUUCAACGAUGUGGAGCGUUACGACAUCGAAAGUGACUGCUGGAGCGCUGUGGCUCCAAUGAACACACCCAGAGGAGGAGUGGGAUCUGUGGCACUGGGGAGUUUCGUGUACGCAGUGGGAGGCAACGAUGGUGUGGCGUCACUUUCCAGUGUGGAGCGGUUUAACCCACACCUCAACAAGUGGACGCAGGUUAGCGAGAUGGGACAGCGACGAGCUGGAAAUGGAGUCAGCAAGCUCAAUGGCUGCCUCUAUGUAGUGGGUGGUUUUGAUGACAAUUCACCCCUGAGCUCUGUAGAGCGCUUUGACCCCCGAAUGCACCGCUGGGAGUACGUUUCUGAGCUGACCACCCCGCGUGGGGGAGUCGGGGUAGCCACUGUAAUGGGCAGAGUAUUUGCAGUCGGGGGUCACAAUGGCAACAUCUACCUGAACACAGUGGAGGCUUUUGAGCCUCGAAUGAACAGAUGGGAGCUGGUGGGUUCAGUGUCUCACUGCCGUGCCGGAGCCGGAGUGGCUGUCUGUUCAUCUCACGUCAGCCAGAUCAGGGACGUCGGCCAGGGCUCCAGCAACGUGGCCAACUGCAUGUGACCGCCGCUCCACUUUUUACCAGGUGACUGACUGUCAGGUCACCGUCAGAUGUGAUCACUGCACAAGCACACAACACAAAGCACACAGACACUGACAGAGUGAUUUCAUUACUGUCGCCACUGUCUGAACAUCAGCCUUAAUCCGUUACAGGCUGACGUUCGGUUUGCACACAGUGAUUGAGGAAUAUUAGGGAGGUUUUACUGACUUGAAGUGCACGUCUGACAAAUCUGAAGUCUUCUCUGACGAAAUUAUACAUUCAAGACAUUUUUUUGACUUCUGCUGGUGUUAUUUGCAAUCAGUGAUGUAGUAUUUUGUACUGUAUUUUCUUCAGUUUGACUGCCUUGACAUAGUUUGGAUUUUUUUAAGGGAACAUAGUGGCUGAGCCUACUAGUAUUUAUUACUAACAUCUCGAGAGUGAGAGGUGAGUUUGGAUUCAGAACUAAUAAAUGAACUGAACAUCUUGAAUGCGGACUGUAUAGUUGGCCAGUAUGAACGCAUUUCGAAGGUCCCCUCUUGACGACCGUCUCUGGUUCACUCGUUGGCUCUGCAGUUGUUUUCAUGAACCAGAGGCGUGACAAAUUGGCAGUUUGAAAACAAGAAAAAAAAUCGUACUGGAUUCAGCACCUUGUUUGCAGUGCAGUGUAUGCAGUUAAAACAUUUCUUCAGUCAAUCCAAUAUACAAUCUUAUGAUGUCAAAUGCAUUUCCAGGACUCCUGCUAUCUUCUGCCAGGCGAAGUAAAAGCAUCUGUUAGAGCAGUUUGACUUUUAAAGGUGCAUUUCAGAAUUAAUCUAUCAAAAGAUCAACUACAGCAAGCUGGAUCACAUCGCAGCAGUUUUAACUGGGAUUUGCAUGUAAUUAAUUGUGUUUGAACAAUCAUUUAAGGCUGUUUGGGGAAAAAAUCAGUCACUGGGUAGGAUGUAAGUGCACAAACACAUAAACAAUGUGUCUAGUUCAAGCACCUGCUGAAUCCUGAGUCGCUUCCUUAAAGUCCUCCUCCACUCACUAAAAGUGUUUUUCUUCUGUUCAUGUCCCCUAAAGUGUCUGACCUUGAAUAUACUGACAUGUGUCUUGCAAAGUUUGUCACUAGAGAGGUGUUUUCACAUUCCCCUACUGAAAACCUGAGAUUAAAAUGUACCCUGCACUACUACGAAAGCCAGACGCUGUCUAAUAUUGAAAAAAACAUAUCAACACAACACCAGCAAAGAAACCUGAAACCUCCAGCACAGAGUGGACUUGUCAGUACAGAGAGCAGGAUCUGCAUAAACACAGUGAAACGUUUUGGCAGCUAACAUCGUAGAGUGUGCAGUUUUUGAAUGCGAUCCUGACCAGUGUGAACACGCUGUAACAUUAUAGCAGAUAUUAUCGGAUGUUUAACAACCACUAAAGCUGCAUCAGCAACUGCCAGUUAGCCUACAAGCUAACAAACUACGACACAACAUAAAUAAAGGAGUGAACUACAAUUAGCAUUCUGAUAUUUCUGCUGAGUUUGGUGCACAACAGACUCCUCACGUGAGUCUGGAUUUAAGGCUUGAAUGUGUAUGGCUGAAUCUUUCUGAUAUUUCCUCUAAGGUUAGCCAUCUUGAUGUGCAAGCAGCUGAAUGGAGGCCAGGUCCAGAUUUUCUCAAUAAGGGAGAAAGAGUAUAUCCAGCUCCUAUUCCAGCCCCUUUUCAGAGUUUUUUUUUCUAAUGUAUUGUUAUUAUUAUUUUCAUUUUUUAUGUGGGAAAACCAAGUCAAACAAAAUAUCAACAAUACUUAAAAACGUGGCUGGAGGGGAACUUUAACCUUGAGCUCAGAACAGAGUUUGAUGACUAUAGGACUGAUCCGAGCAAUACGGUUGCACCUCUCCGGUUCUUUUUCAGUUUUACAUUUUUGUAUAGAGGUCUGUUCAAACUGACAAGGACAGAUAUUCAGAUCCGAGAUUUGUGUUUGACGAUAGCUGGACUGUCAGAAAUCCUAAUCAGAGUGCUUUCAGGUGUGUAUGAGAUGCAGCUGAAGUUUGUCCCUACAGAUGGUUGCGUUAUAUUUUAAUAUAUGGACAUUUUGUAUAAUAAAAUAGGUGUAUCUUUGGUAUUAUCCUUUAUUACACUAUCUAAUCCUUUGCUGUGCACUAUUUUGCUAGAAUAGGUGUGAAGUCUGAGAAUAUUUUUGUCCUAAAUGGAGAUUUUCAUGUUAUUCAUAUUAUAAGUUUGAAGAUGUUUAUUUAACUCUCAUGCCUAUUUCUAUCUAAAUGUAAUAAUUUCGGCGUUGUUUUUCAGAAUAGGCUGACAGACCUACUUUAAAACAGAAAAAAACACAUUUGGUUUAUAUGAGAAAUAUACCCAUGAUUGCACACUUUUUGUCCUGCAGGUUUUAAUUUUAGUGCAUAUUAUUGACCUAAUGUUUUACACCAAAACUGAAGAAAAACUUAUUGGCAACUUUAUUCUAAAAUGAGCCAGAAUCUUCUUUGGUAAGUCUUUUGUAAACUUUACUGUACUUUGUGUUGUUCUUCCUCCUCCUGACAGCUUCCAUCUUGUGCUUUUAUUUACGUGGUAUUGGUAUAAAUUGGUACAAUAAAGUUUUGUGUAAAAUUA